CCGCAAAAUUGACAGAUAAGAAACGUCAAAAAAGUGGAAGUGGCUGCACCGCACCCAAAAUAAACCUAAAUUCGGCUUUAUUUGUGACUGAUUGGUGCAGUUUUGUUGAAAUUUACAAAAUAAAAUGGGUGAUCACCUGCCAGCAUGCGUUAUUGACGUGGGAACUGGCUAUACGAAGCUAGGGUUCGCCGGCAACAAGGAACCGCAGUUUAUCAUUCCCUCAGCCAUAGCGAUAAAAGAAACGGCGAAAGUAGGCGAUCAGAGCACUCGUCGCAUGACUAAAGCCGUCGAGGACUUAGAUUUCUUCAUCGGGGAUGAAGCGUUCGACGCUACUGGAUACUCCGUGAAGUAUCCGGUGCGUCAUGGACUCGUCGAAGAUUGGGACUUGAUGGAGCGAUACAUCGAGCAAUGCGUGUUCAAAUACCUCAGAGCCGAGCCUGAGGAUCAUCACUUCUUGCUGACCGAGCCUCCACUGAACACGCCGGAGAAUCGGGAGUACUUAGCGGAGAUUAUGUUUGAGUCUUUCAACGUGCCAGGCUUGUACAUAGCGGUGCAAGCCGUACUAGCCCUCGCUGCGUCGUGGAAGUCGCGCACGUCGGUCAAACGCACCUUUACGGGCAUCGUAGUAGACAGCGGUGAUGGUGUAACCCACAUUGUGCCAGUAGCAGAGGGUUAUGUCAUCGGAUCUUGCAUCAAGCACAUUCCAAUUGCUGGCAGAAACAUCACAUCUUUCAUCCAGUCACUUCUCCGUGAAAGAGAAGUGGGCAUCCCACCGGAGCAAAGUCUCGAAACUGCCAAAGCGAUAAAAGAGAGAUACAGUUAUAUUUGUCCUGACAUAGCUAAAGAGUUUGCCAAGUAUGACUCAGACCCAGGAAAAUGGAUGAAGAAAUACACAGGAACCAAUGCCAUUACUAAAAAUCCAUUCUCUGUUGAUGUUGGUUAUGAGAGGUUUUUGGGGCCAGAAAUAUUCUUCCAUCCUGAAUUUUCAAAUGCAGAUUUCACGGUACCUUUGAAUGAAAUGGUUGACGAGGUGAUCCAGUCAUGCCCCAUUGAUGUGAGGAGGGGUUUGUACGGCAACAUUGUGUUGUCUGGAGGGUCAACUAUGUUCCGUGACUUUGGAAGGAGGUUGCAGAGAGAUAUUAAGCGCACAGUCGAUGCUAGGUUGAAGCUUUCUACAAUGUUGUCAGAAGGACGUAUUACGCCUACACCUAUUGAUGUGCAGGUGGUAUCGCACAACAUGCAGAGGUACGCUGUGUGGUUUGGAGGUAGUAUGUUGGCCUCCACUCCGGAGUUCUACCAGGUGUGCCACACUAAGCAAGCGUACAUGGAGUAUGGGCCAAGCAUCUGCAGACACAACCCUGUCUUUGGAACCAUGACAUAAUGCCUUUACAAUUGCCAGUAUUCAAGCAA